GUAUAAUUGUAUCAUUGUAUGUAAUAUUAAAAAGCAUAUUCUCUCUCCUUCUCUCUCUCCUCUCCAUCUUGUGUCUGCAUCCAUCUCUCGUCCUUUUCAUCUUUCCUCUUCUCUUCUGUUUCAACGUAAUUAAUUGGUUAAUGCUCUUAGAUUCUUCUGACCCUCUUCUCUUUUCCCCUUCACUAACUUCCUUCUUCCAUUUUCCACCCAAAAUUCAGCACAAAUUAAGCAAUACUCACCAUUUUUUGAUCGCAAAUCAUGGAUCUGUGGUCUGUUCAUGUCAAAUACAGUAACCCAACUCCCAUUUUUGCUCGAAAUUCAUUUCUUGAUAAACCCACUUCCUUUAAUUUUGCCAAGAAUUCACCAUUUUCAGUUGAAGAUUGUGGGCGUUUAUUUGAUAUUAGUAUUCAUUCUAAGCGCAAGCAUUCUUUUUCUUAUGGGUAUAAUACUUGUUCUUCCUUCGUUGUUCAAGCUAAAGGGAAGAAGAAUUCUGAUAAUUUUUCAUCUUCUUCAGGAAAUGGUGACCAUUCAAAAUCAGGGGGGAACGGUUCCAAAGGAAAUAAUUCUGAUGGGAAGAAAUCAAAUAACAAUGCAAAUCAAAAGCCUCAGCACAUAAUACAAGACUGGAGAGAGUUUAGAGCUACACUCUUUGCUCGUGAGCAGGCAGAAUCAGUUGACUCCAGCAGUCAUGGCCAUGACGGCUCACAUACAGAAUCAAAACCAUUAGGCAUGAAGUGGGCCCAUCCUAUUUCAGUGCCAGAGGCAGGCUCCGUUCUUGUUGCCACAGAAAAGCUAGACGGUGUUCGUACUUUUGAGAGAACUGUGGUUCUCCUCCUCAGAUCUGGGACUCGGCACCCUCAAGAAGGCCCCUUUGGAGUUGUAAUCAACCGCCCUCUUCAUAAAAAGAUCAAGCACAUGAAGCCCAAUAAUCUUGAAUUAGCCACCACCUUUGCUGAUUGUUCAUUGCAUUUUGGUGGGCCCCUUGAAGCAAGCAUGUUCCUGUUAAAAACAGGGGAAAAACCCAAGAUUCCUGGAUUUGAAGAGGUUAUCCCUGGCCUGUGUUUUGGUGCUAAAAAUAGUUUGGAUGAAGCAAUGGGAUUGGUGAAAAAAGGUGUGCUUAAGCCUCAUGACUUCCAAUUUUUUGUUGGUUAUGCUGGGUGGCAACUUGAUCAAUUACGGGAAGAAAUUGAUUCCAAGUAUUGGCAUGUGGCUGCAUGCAGCACAAACUUGUUAUUCGGCAGUUCACUUGAUUCGUCAGAAGGUUUGUGGGAAGAGAUUUUACAAUUGAUGGGUGGUCAGUACUCAGAGCUCAGUCGAAAGCCUAAGCAAGAUCUGUAAUUGUACUUUUUUUUACGGUGCAGGGACUUGUAUACUUAGUAAUAAGCUUGUGGUGGAAUAUGAAUGAGUACGAAAGUUUGUAUGUUGAAGUGUUAAACUGAAUGUACAUAGAAGGUUGGAGAAUACUUUCAGAUAGUAGAUUGCGCUUUUUAGUUAGCCUAUUCAGGUACUUGUAUGUAGUUAUACUGCAUCUUCUUUAAUUUUAAAGACUCAUUUUCUAUAGAGAAAAUUAGCCCAAAUAAUUCAGAAUUUUGCUGCUCUGCUGUUAA